CAUUUUCAUAUACAUGCAGGAUUAAUAGACCAGUUCACCUCUUGACCCAGUGAGACAAGACAGCACUGAGCUUUAGGAAAGAUUUGGACAUAAUGGGAUACGCAUACUGCUGUACCGUGCUCGUUAUAGGAUACCUUGCGCUACAUCAAUCUACUGGAUUUUGGCUCUUCGAUGUGGUCUUCCCACCAAGUGUCAAACUUCAAAGCAAAGUGGCAAACAAUAGCACUCCGCCGGUUCUUAUAGUGCCAGGGAACCUAGGCAACCAACUUGAGGCCAAGAUUGACAAGCCAAGCCUUGUGCAUUGGAUGUGCUACAAAAAGACUGAUGACUUUUUCACACUCUGGAUUGACCUAAAUAUGUUCAUGCCAAUUGGGAUUGACUGUUGGAUUGAUAAUAUAAGAAUUGUAUACAACAGGACAACUGGCAAGACCUCCAAUUCUGCAGGGGUGACAGUGAGAGUACCUGGUUUUGGACAAACAUAUAGUGUUGAGUUCUUGGACACCAACAAGCUGGCAGGUUAUUUUCAUACUAUGGUUAAUCAUUUGGUCAACAUUGGAUAUGUCCGCAAUGAGACCAUCCGAGCAGCACCAUACGACUGGAGGAUAGCUCCAAAUGAGCAGGAUGAAUACUUUGCACGGCUGAAGAAGCUGGUUGAGGAUAUGUAUGAGGAGUAUCAACAACCUAUUUACCUCCUGGGACACAGCAUGGGAAGCAAUUAUGUCCUCUACUUCUUAUAUCAGCAGACCCAGGCUUGGAAAGACCAGUACAUCAAAGGCUUCAUUUCACUCGGUGCACCCUGGGGUGGGGCAGUCAAGCCCCUCCGAGUGCUAGCAUCAGGUGAAAAUGAUGGCAUCCCAAUGGUGUCUAACAUCAAGAUCCGGGAGGAGCAACGAAUGACCACCACAAACCCCUGGAUGCUUCCAUUCGAAGAGGCAUGGCCUGCAGACCACGCCUUCAUCUCCACACCCUCAUUCAACUAUACCCACCAGGACUACCAACGCUUCUUCAAAGAUAUCGACUUUGAGGAUGGCUGGUUCAUGUGGGAAGACACCAGAAACCUGACUGCAGGUCUGCCCCCUCCUGGUGUUGAGAUAUACUGCUUCUAUGGUGUGGGGCUGCCUACACCAGUUACCUAUAUUUAUGAUGACCAGUUCCCAAAUGUAGACCCUAUAGACUAUGUGUAUGCUGAUGGGGAUGAUACAGUGGAUAGUCUUAGCAUGGGUCAAUGUAAGCGCUGGAUAGGGAAGCAAGCGCAACCUGUCCAUGUCAAGGAAUUCACGGCCAUGCCCCACUUGGAAAUAGUAUUCAAUAGCAAGGUGGUCAACGUGGUCCAGAGUAUCCUGGAAGGAAGAUAUGAGGAAGAGGAUUAUGAAUUCCAUGAGACUGAUGAACUUCCUGUUGAUCCCACUGUCAUGAAAUACCGGCCCCUGUUGGAUCAGCCUCCCAAAUCGACACUGUAAGAUGGUGCAUGGGAUGGCCCUCCCACCUACACUGUAGAGUACCAUUACAAACUCUUAAAUCUCCAUAAUAGUAGAGAAAGAGAUACACCUUUAGUGAGGUGUACUAGAGUCGACGGCAAUAGAGUUCCUAUAUCAUGUGUAUAUAAAUUAGCAUUUUUAAAUGUGCGUGGCUGACUGCAUUUUCCUGACAGGAUGCAUGAGGAUAUCUCGUACAAUGAUGCUGAUGUCAGCCCCAGAGUAGCCUUCUUUUUGUCAAGCUUACGCAAGUCACCGUAACAGGCUCCUCUGGGAGAGAGAUGUAGAUACGCUUCUCAAUCCUGAGUGUGACAUAAUGCACUGAUUACAAUGCUUGAUAUGGACUUUAUUGUAUCCAUUAGAAAAUAAUUUCUGGUUGAACAGUACAAAACACUUCCCAUUUAAUAUCUACAGUGCCUUCAAAGUAUUCACACCCCUUUUACUUUUUCCACAUUUUGUUGUAUUACAGCCUGAAUUUAAAAAGUAUAACAUUGUUCCACUUUGACAAUGUUUUUCAAAAAUGUUUACUAAUUAAUAAAAAAAUAAAUGUCUUGAGUCA